UUUAUUUAUUUCUUUGUUUCAUGUGCAAAAAUCAACAACAAUGGUGGCUAUCUGAAGACAUGUACAUAUCUGGUCAAUCGUAUGAGACUGUCUCAAUAUUUACCGGGCUGAUAAUAAGACUGAAUCAAGAGGUGGAGAAUGAAGCGGCGCAAUGCGGACUGCAGCAAACUCCGACGGCCGUUAAAACGGAACCGAAUCAGCGAGGGUAUAUAUAGCAGCACGUUUCUGUACCUGAAGUUCUUGGUGGUGUGGGUGUUGGUGCUGCUGGCAGACUUUGUUCUGGAGUUCAGGUUUGAGUACCUGUGGCCAUUUUGGCUCUUCAUCCGCAGUGUCUACGACUCCUUCAGAUACCAGGGGCUGGCAUUCUCAGUUUUCUUUGUGUGUGUGGCGUUCACGUCAGACAUCAUCUGCCUGCUCUUCAUCCCCGUCCAAUGGCUGUUCUUCGCUGCAGGCACCUACGUGUGGGUGCAGUAUGUCUGGCACACCGAGAGAGGGGUGUGUCUCCCCACUGUGUCUCUGUGGAUACUGUUCGUCUACAUCGAAGCAGCCAUCCGCUUCAAAGACCUGAAGAACUUCCACGUGGACCUGUGUCGACCCUUCGCUGCCCACUGUAUUGGCUACCCCGUGGUGACCCUUGGCUUCGGGUUCAAGAGCUACGUCAGUUACAAGAUGCGUCUGCGGAAGCAGAGGGAGGUGCAGAAGGAGAAUGAGUUCUACAUGCAGCUCCUGCAGCAGGCCCUGCCCCCAGAGCAACACAUGCUGCAGAGACAGGAGAGGGAGGCGGAGGAAGCUGCCCUAGCAAGAGGCGUGUCUGAGGUCGACCCGCCCCAGGUCUCCCAGAACGGAGCCCCGCCCACCAGGAAGAGCGUGUGUGUUGCAUUACCGGAGCAGGAGGUGGGAGGAAAAGAGCGAGACAAGAAACAGCAGGUCACAGGAGUCAACAACAACAGCAUCCUCCCGCCUGCGGAGGCCAGACUGUCAGAGGCAGAGUACAUGGAGAGUGGAGGGGGGGGCAGGAGGCUGAACAACGACCUAUCAGGAGAUCACACACUCUCCGAGUCCACGCCCCCGAGAGAGGAGGGAGGGGGAGGGGCCAAGAACUACAAAAACGCCAGCGGAGGGGGUGUGCCCAACUCAUCCCCGCAUAACCACAGCUCCACCAAUGGGAGCGUGCCGUCGGCCAGUAGGAAUGAGAAGAAGCAAAAGUGUUCUGGGAGGGGCGGAGCUCAGAAGGACCCUGUGGGUGGAGCCCAGAAGGACUCUGUGGGUGGAGCCCAGAAGGACCCUGUGGAGAACUGCAUCCCCAACAACCAGCUGGCCAAGCCAGAGGCUCUAACACGGCUGGAGCAGGAUGUGAGGCGUCUGAAGGCGGAGCUGCAGGCCAGCAGGCAGAAUGAAGCGGACCUGAGAGGCCAGCUGACAUCCCUCACCCUGCAGGAUCGAGGCCUGCGGUGUGAACUCAGCCAGCUCAGACAGGACAACGAGCUGCUGCAGAGCAAGCUCCACAGUGCGGUCCAGGCCAGGCAGAAGGACAGACAGAGUGUGUCCCAGCUGGAGAAGAGGCUGAAGGGGGAGCAGGAGGCCCGCUGCCUGGCCGAUAGACAGCUGGCUGACGACAGGAAGAGGAAGAAGCUGGAGGAGGCCUCUGCUGCUAGGGCUGUGGCUCUGGCUGCGGUCAGCAGAGGUGAGUGUACUGACUCUCUGAGAGGUCGCAUCAGAGAGCUGGAGAACGAGUGGAAGAAGCUCUCCAUGGACAUGAAGCUGAAGGAGGAGCUGAUCAGGGAUCUGGAGGGGAAAGUCCAGGAGCUGCGUAAGUACAAGGAGAAUGAGAAGGACACGGAGGUGCUGAUGUCGGCGCUGUCGGCCAUGCAGGAGAAGACGCAGCACCUGGAGAACAGCCUGAGCGCUGAGACCAGGAUCAAACUGGACCUGUUCUCUGCCCUGGGGGACGCCAGGAGACAGCUGGAGAUCGCUCAAGGCCAGACCCACCAGAGGGAGCAGGAGAUAGUGGACCUGAAGCAGAAGAUAGCAGAGGUCUUGGCUGUGAUGCCCAGCCUCACCUACUCAGGCGACAGCAGCAGUCUGAACUCGACGUCUGAGGUCAUGAAAAGAAGCAAGCAGGAAGAAGGUAAGUUGUCUCCAGGUGACAACCUGAUGCUCUCAGCUGUUCGUCUGCCCUUCCCUGAGAUCAACACUCUUUUCUACGUUCAUCUGAAUCAGGCCUCCGUGUUUCUCCUGGAGCUGCUGGGCCGGUAGGACAGGCGCAGCUGGGAAGUGAAGCCCUGUGUUAGAUGAAUGUUCAAGUACUUCUUUUCAUGUUUUGAUAUCACCGAUUUUUACAUUUGUGAUUGUUUGCUUUGUAAAGAAACAUAUUUCAGUUGUGACGAUGGCAUUGUACAUUUCUCUGAAACGAUGUAAUGGUCAGUUGGACAGGUAGCUUGUCUCUGGGCUUCUGAACAUGGAAGCUGUUGGAAUAACAGACGUCAGAUCCUCCAAGACUGUCAGCCGUUUCUCCACAGCCCCUUAGAUCCUGCAAAGGAAGAUCACCUGCCUACUUAAGGAAGCUGUUCCUGCUUUCUGCAAACGGAGCUAACCUUCUCCUUUCUGGACCAAAUUAGAAUGAGUUAAGGCCAUGAACACUGGAUUUCUUGAUGUCUAGGUAACUGGUUUACCCUCACAGUUCCACUGUGCCUUGAAUAUCCUUUUGAAGACGUAGGAACAGUUUACCUUCCAGCAACACAGGCUUCCCUCAGUUUUGUACAGGCAGGUGUGGUACUAGACUGGAGGUGGAGCAUUCUCCAUCGCUGUCUCUCCAUCUCUCUUUCUGACUGCCUCUCCAUCUCUCUCUUAAUCUCUCUCCCUCUGACUCUGUCUCUCUGCCUCAGGCAGCUGUCCCAAGCUGGUGUCUAAUAGGUACAAUGCAACAUUAGUGGUGGGGGUGUAUUUCCUUUAUGAGCAAACACGGCAUGCCAAACAACCACACUCAUUACACUAGGUCUGGUAUGCCCUGGAGUUUAGCUGUUUACAAUAAUGUAUAUGAACUUCUGCUGGGAAUGUUUUCAUUUGUUUUUAAGUGCCGAGUGUUGGUGUUUGGUGUGAUCCUCAUCCACACUAACAGCUUUUUCAGAUGUUAGUUAGCGGAAGUUGGGCAUGUUAUUGUUUUGUGUUUUCACCCUGUAGUUCCAGGGGAAUCAUGGAAAGCACUUAGCGCUCUGACAGAUUCACGGUGUUUAUCGCGCAUCUUAUUUAUUCGUAACAAGUAUUUUUUUUCUCUCCCGCCAAUGGCACUUCUUGAUAUAGUUGCAUCAUGUUUAGUUGUUCUCUUGAUCUUGUUUAAACAGGGAUGUGACGUGUUAUUUUGGGACGUUCCCUGACCUCUUUGACCAUGUUGUGCUCUCAUGUUGCCUAGAAAAGUAUUUAUGUGGAUUGCAAAGGCAUUGUGAUGUUGUUCCAAAGUUCUUAUAAGUCUCGUGGAAGGUGGAAUGGAGGAGGGAGAAACUUCUCGGUUUAUCUUUCAAUUGUUCUACCAUGUUGUUUCUUUUUCAGAGUGAGUUCUCUCACUGUGGUUAUCACCUGGAUUAAAGGCUUGCAGGUGACGGUGUUGGUUUUGAAAA